CUUACAGUGGAGAGACGACCUAAGCCUCACUUCCUCCCGACCUCGCAGCCAUCAAACAAAAUAUUUCAGAAAUGAGUGGCGAAACGUCUCUGAAAUUUCUAAUUCCCGAGAGUUCAUGCCAGAAAGCUUUUGAAGUCUGGGCCCUGUUUGCUAAUGAAACAAAAGAAAGCGUUCUCCGUUGUGACUGGGUAGACAUGUAUUACUGCGACAGUGCUCCAGGGUAUACCCAUACACUUGAAAACCGCACUGCUGUAAUCACAGUAUCACGUGACUUGGAAAAGAAACCUGAAGAUUUCAUCUGUGAAUCUCUCUUUAGGCCUAAGACUGACCCCAUCAGGUGCCUUUGCAAAAGAGCAGCCGUUAUUAUCCCGGAACAGCCUGACAGUGAUGGUCCUUGGCAGGUUGGUUUAAUCGUGGGCGUGAGCGUGGGCUUGGUCGUCUUGUUGGUGAUCCUGGUCGGGAUUUAUAUCUACAUACGUUGUUGCAGACCAAACUCUUCAGAGUCCAAACCUGAUCUUAAUGUGAGACCUGAUGAGCGUAAACCUUUGAAUAAAGAAAAGAUGAACGCACCGAAAAUUUCUGCGACUGACUCACAGAAAUCUUCAACGGCGACUUUGAUCUGUUUUUCAUGUGGAGCUGUGCAACCAAAAGAGGAGACGAUAUCUCAAACUGGUGAACCAAGUAUGGACGUACCGCAAAUGUCUGCGGCUGACUUGCAGGAAUCUUCAACGCCGGCGGUGACCCCUCCUCCAACUGAAACUGUGCCACCAAAAAAGGAGACCAAGUUAGGAAGAAUAAAACCCCAUCCCUAACCUGACAACACAAGCGGGAUGACCAGAAUUUAACUGUACAGAAAAUCCACCUUCUAGAACUUUUAACAUUAAAACAAGCACGUCAGUUGUCCUCCAGACUAACAAAGAUCUUUGAUGAGUUUUCCAGCUAUAUUGUUGUGUGUUUUUAUCCAUUUCAUCGAUGAUGAUGACUGAAGGGCGAUGGGGCUGGAAUGAUUUAUAGUUUUGAACAUACCAGGUGAGUAUAACAUAAGAGUGUUUACAAUACAGAGACAGAAAGGAUGAAGAGAGAGAGAGACGUCCUUCUUUGCAAAUAAUUUUUAAAACUUAAGGACCGUUUUUGUUGAUCCCAUUUUGUUAUAAGAAAUACAAUCAGCUUUGUUUUUGCUUUGUUUGUAAGGCCCCAGCAAAUUGCAAAAAUCCGUAUGGUGUAAAUGCACAGCUUUUUAUGAUGUUUUAAUAAGAUACUGGUACAGUUCAGUGGUAAAUAUGUGUUCAGUGCCUGAACUUACAUACCUUGGUGUUUCAAAAAAACCCAUUGGUAUGUUGACAAAGGCUGCUGGUUUUUAGUAGACAUCAAGCUCUCACCUUUGGCGCACAUAUAUGUCCAUUAUCAAGCCAGCAUCUAGUCACCUCUUCGUGUGUGCAUUAAUCAAUUUGUACUGAACAUUACUUCAUGUAAUUAUUACUUAAAUUAUCAUGUAGUGAUAAGGAUGGUUCUUAAGAUGUAAGCAUGUCAUUGUAGCAGUUAUAAAACUGUUUUCAACCCCAACAGCUGUAGCUUCUAAGUAUAUUCGUGAAGUUAAACGGAAAUGUUUUAUACACAUCCAGAAAUGGAUAUAUAUUUAACAUAUUGAUAUCAAACAUGUUUAUGUUAAAAAAUGAUUGUUAUUUAAAAAUAACUCUUACUAGGAUUUUUUAGACUCACUAGUCUUCUGUGCUUGUAACCAUUUAGAAACAACUACAAGGUCAGGAUUAUUGCAUGCAUAUUUAUUUAUAAACGUUAAAAACAAUGAAAAGAUGCAUGUACACACACAGCUGCUAUAACAUUUUAUUGCUAAAUACCAACAAAGAUGGUUACCACAUAGAGUGCUGAUGAAUCAGAUGUUAGCAGGCAGUCAAACAUAUUCAGAAAAUGUAGGAUAAACAGGCACUGUUAGCCUGCAUAAAAUAUCUACAUUGCUGUAAAUUUAAACUGUAGCAUUAAGGCAAAAUAUGAUACAAGGGUUACCGUAACUAGAAAUAGUGACAGAAAGUCACAUUAAACACUGACAAUACACAAGAGCGUUUGAACAGACAGCUUGCAAACAUGAAUUUAUCAAACUAAUUUCAAACCAUGUUUAAUUUUUUUAAUGUGUCAAGCUUUACAGCAUAUGUAUGUAAGGAAAAUAUGUGCAUUACUUUUUAGAUGUCUUUUAGAUGUCAAAUGUUACAUGUUUCUCAACAGUGCGUUAGAAAAUAGAAAUGCUAAUAAUAUUAGCAUACUGUUUUCUGUUGAUAUGGUUCCAUAUAUGCUAAAUCUAGUAAGCGCCUUGCUUGUACUGUUAUAGUAACCGGUUUUUCAAAUGUCAUAUACGUACUACUGCUUUGGCAUACUAUAGCCAUAACCUCCAAGAGCCUUAUGAAGGGUUGUGUAUAAUAAACAUGAAUGUAUAUUUGUGUGCUGAUACCCACACAAUUGCUGUGCCUUUGGUUUGCGUAUGUUAAUUUGUGUUUAAUGCAUCAUUUCUUGUCCUGACAUUUUUUCGCUAUUAUGGCAAAAGAAAAUAAAGAAGCUUUUAUUGAA